AAUUAUAUGAACAACAACAAAACGAAAGAAAACACAUUGAACAUAUUGACUGUUUAGUAAUUUACAUACGCACCACUCAUAGAGCUUUGCAUUUAUAUUUAAUCAAACAGCUGACUGGUUCGAUUCGAACCGAGUAGUAGUUGAGCUGCUAAGUACAAUUUUAAUUUAAUGUUUUACGAGUUUCUCUCGAUCGUUUGCGAGUUUCAGAUGUCGAGACUGUUUUCGCGUGUUUGUAAAAAUAACUGUAAAUUAUUAAGAAGAAGCAGUUUUGUUUACAAACAGCAAGAAGAACAUGAGUUGAUAAAUAAAAAAAAGGAAAGAAAAAGCCAAUUAUGAAUGAAUUAAGAAAAAUUAAUAACAAAAACAUAAAGUUCAAAUUUGUGGAAGAAAUUUCCUUUAAUUUAAUAUUUGUAUUAAAUGAAGCAUUUGUGAAGUGUGUACAAUUGUUGCGUGUAAAAUCCACUUCUGGAUUAUUUUAACAACAAUUUUGCAAAAAGGAGCUUUGAAAAAAUUUCAAAUUUCGUCGUCGUCGUCAUCGUCAUCGUCGUGGUCGUCGUCGUAAGAAAUAUUGUGCUGUUUGACUGUUGUGUGGUGCAUUUUUUUUUCUUGCAAUAGUCUUCAUAGACUAGGCCUCCCUUCGACGCUUAUCAUCGUGGCAUGCAAAUAUGGCCUUUUAUCAAAUGCCUCAAUGUUGGCCUUUCAAUGCAAUUAACCCUUCAUUGUUUGAGGAAUUUCUCACACCAAUUAGAAAGUUUAUUAUAAUUUUAUUAUUUUUAACGCGGAAAAAUUAUUAUAAUAUAAAUUAUGGUAAUAACAAUAAUAGUAACAAUAAUAAUAAUAAUAACAAUAACAAUUACAAAGAGUGCACAAAUUUAAAAUCACAAAUUCAACGCAAUUUACAAUAUUGCUUUAGCUCAUCAUCAGUGUUCAUUAUAAUGUUGACGAUAUUGUGUGAAACAUGCGCUUAUCCUAUUCAUGGUGGUGUUUCUGCAUCGGUGCACAAUAAACAAACACGUAGUAUUGCGGAUUUGUAUAUGAAUCGCCAUCAUACGCAUCAUCAACACCAACAGAAGCACCAAUAUCAGCAUCACAAUAUAUCAACAUCAUCAGCAUCGUUAUCAUCUACUAUUGCGGCAGCAUCAAUAGCUGCCAGGGAUUUAACAAGUAUAGAAAAUGAUGGCGAUAUGACAGAUUUUAUUGCAGCCUCGCCAUCAUCAUCUUCAUCGUCGUCAUCGUUAUCAAGGCAUUUACAAUUGGGUACAAAAGAAAAUACAGGUUGUCCAUCUACAACCAGUUCACAUUGCUUGCGUUGCAAUAGUGAAGGUUGCAUAAAAUGUCCCGUCUUCUUAGUGACAGAUAGUCGGCAAUGCGUAGAGCGUUGUCCAGCCGGUUACAUAGAUCAAUGGUCGGCCCACACCGAAUUUAUGGGACGCGUUUGUGUUACCACCGGAUACUCUGGAGCGCUAAUGGCAGCUUUGGCCGGUAUGUUUGGUGGCUUUUUAAUAUGCCUUUCCAUACUGGCAAUAGCGGUGAUGGUGAUGAAGCGACGAAGACGUCGCAAGACUAUUAAACAAAAGUUAAUCAAUGAAAAUUCAAUGGAUCGUUCAGAUUUUCUACGCCAGCUUAACGAAAUGCGGCCAAAUGCUGAAUAUUUCCUAGCCAUGCUAAACGAUACACGCCGUCAAAUACGUAAAUUGUAUUUAAGCGGGGACAUUGUGGCGGCCAAUUCGUAUCGGCCUAUAGUACGUGAUCUGGCCAGAAUUCUUAUUUUAUUAAAUCGUCCCAUUGAACUGAUACCAGGUGCUCCGCACGAUUGGAAUCGCUUAUAUAGCUGGUCCGAACAAGUACUGGAACGUUACAAACCUCAAGUUGGUCAACUAAUCGAUUUCUUUCAAACACCCGGUCAUGUGGGGGUGGAUGUUGACGAAUUUGAUGCCCACUCUGUAUAUCGCCAGAAAGCAGGAGGCGGCGGCUUUUAUCGGCAAAGUCCUCUACAGUCUACAUCGAAUCUUACAACGACCACCAGUAAUACAAUUAAAUCGCAAAAAAUGCAUAUAUUCGGCUCUUUAAUCAGCUUGCAUGAAUUUGAGGAGCCUCGACCUUCCGAUCCGUUCGGCAGUAGUUUCAAUACGCUCAAGAAUGGCAAUUUAAUAACUGAUCUAAAUGCCAGUUCGCUUUGGUUGGAAGACGAGUUUUAUAAACUGGGUUUUCGACCACAAGAUGAAAUAACCACCGAAUUAUAGAGUUUUUUGUUGUUAAAAAAAAUUUGUUGAAAUAGAAAUAAUUUAGUUAACGUGUCCUGUAUGAGCUUGAUGGGUCGUUUCAUUUUGAAAUAAGAUUUUGAGCUUUAGUUUAAUUUAUAUUUAACAAAAGAAAAAAAAGGGGAAGAAGAAGAAAAGAAUGAAAAAUCGAAGUAUUAUAGGUAUGUUGUUGUUCAUCACAAUUAAAAAAAAAAAAAUUAAAUAAAUAAAAGAAAAACAAAGUGAUCACAAAUUAUAUUUGUUAAAAA